GGUUCAAUCCUUAGCCCUUUAUUGUUUCUUGUAUACGUGAAUGAUCUGCCCGAAAAGUCCACCACAUCGUCUGUUGCUCUGUUCGCUGAUGAUACCAAGUGUUAUCAUGCCAUAAAAACAACAGAUGACGUAAAAGCUCUCCAAUGUGAUCUGGAUGGAAUCAGCCAAUGGUGUCGGACGUGGCGCAUGAACCUUAACGAAACUAAGUGUGGAGUUCUUAAGGUAACAAGGAAUCUCAAACCCGUGCAGUCAUCUUGCCAUCUCAACAACGAUAACUCAGCCAACUCAACGGUCAUCCGCAAAAGGCUUGUUCAAAAAGAUCUUGGCGUUCUCAUUACUGCAGAUCUCAAAUGGAACCAACAAGUCUCUGCUGUAUGUGCGAAAGCAAACAGAAUGCUUGG